AAUAGGAGAUUACGAGGUGACCUGGAACGCAACAGGACAAACUGGGACAGGGUCCGGAAGGUGAUAUUAGGAAUCCCGGAAGCGAGUUCUUAUUAUUGGUCAAACUCUGUGGAUGUAUAUUUAACGAUGGAUCCACAGCCUCCACAAAAGCCAUGGGAAAGGCGGAUUCCGGGGGCAAUGAGUGUGCCUAUAAAUUACAGAUCUGCAAACUUUGGACCAGCUGCAGGCCCCUCCCACUCUGCGGGCCCUCCUGUCCUGACCCGUGUGUUGCCCCCGGUUCCACCCCGUCCCGUCCAUCAGGCUUACCGUCCAUCCUACGGCUCCGUCACCUCCUCUUACAGCCCCUAUGGGAGCUCCAUGUAUGGGGGCUAUGGCGGUGGCUAUAGCGGUGGCUACGGCGGUGGCUACGGCGGUGGCUUCGGCGGUGGCUUCGGCGGUGGCUUCGGCGCGGGAGGAUACAGCCGCCUCCCCCACACGGAAGACGUGGCCCCCAGCCGCUUCGUGCAGCAGGCGGAGGAGAGCAGCCGCGGCGCCUUCCAGUCCAUCGAGAGCAUCGUCCAGGCCUUCGGCUCGGUCAGCAUGAUGCUGAACGCCACCUACUCGGCGGUGUAUAACAGUUUCCGUGCCGUGCUGGACGUGGCCAACCACCUGACGAGGCUGCGUGCACACCUCACCAGUGUUUUUUCAACCUUAGCUCUGGUACGCAUGUUGCACUACCUCUACCGGCGGUUACAGAGGCUGCUGGGGCGAAGGUCGGACGCCGACAUAGACGACUUGUGGGCCGACAGUGCCGCUGAUGCCCUGGUGACAAGUGCGUCCGGAGGGGACGGAGCAGGGAUGGAGAGUCGGCCCGUGAAGUCCUGGCCAAUCUUUCUGUUUUUCGCUGUAGUCUUGGGGGGACCCUACCUCAUCUGGAAACUGCUGAGCUCGGGCCCUGGCUCUGAAGAGACCGCCACUAACUGGGCCAGCGGGGAGGACGACCACGUGGUGGCCCGAGUCGAGUAUGACUUUUUAGGGGCGUCCGAGGAGGAGAUUUCUGUGCGGGCCGGAGACAUGCUCAACCUCGCCCCGAAAGAGCACCAGCCGAAGGUGCGCGGCUGGCUGCUGGCCAGCACGGACGGCCAGACCACGGGACUCGUCCCCGCCAACUACGUCAAGGUCCUGGGCAAGAGGCGGGGCCUAAAGCACGCGGAGAUGGAGAGGCUCGCUGAGGUGCAGCAAGGGAACACUGCCGCACACCCACAGUCCAGCCCCGCCCCGGGCCUCGGUUCGGCCUCCGCCUCGGUCUCCACGGAGGUGCUGCUGGAGUCGGCGUACAGAGGAGCGCCGGCCCCCUUCAGCCAGGGAACAUCCAGCUCCAGCACGGUGCUAAACAUCCCCGAGAAGGCUGACCUGUGAUGUCUGUUCGUGCCUUUCUCUGUAUGCAAGUUUGUGUGUGUUCACAUAUUCGGUUGGCUCAGUCAGUAUUCGUUUGCAGCGUUUAACUCUGAAGCUUGACUCAUAAUCAGCUGACAGUAGAUAUUUAGGGAAACACCAUUGACCUCCGUUGAGAAUUUCUCAAAGUAGUUCCGAAGCUUAUUAUUGAAAUCAUCGAACACCAUCUGGACCUUCUGAUAAGGUUAAAGGUCAAAACGGGUUUCCAUACACAGGUUUCCUGUUUUGCUGUUCUGUUUAGAACCAGCGUGUCUUAAAUUAGGUUAACAUGACAUUUCUUGUGAAAAAAAGAAAGUCUAGUGUGUUCUCUAAAUACAGUGCACUGCCGUUCUUUACAUCAUGUCUGAUUUAAGAUGCAAUAUCUUGAU